AAACCGCACGCCAGCCAGCUAACGUCAGGACCGCUCGCUUUUAUAGCAGAACACACACGCUUUUAUAGCAGAACACCCACAUCGACUGCUGACCGUCCCAGCUCAUAGAACAAGGAUUAGAAAAUAGUAUAGAACAGAACCUCUCUCACCAUUACGUUUAACAAGGCGACGACACACGGUGCAAGUCGACGUCAUGCUGCUCCAUGCGACGUUCUUGUUGCUGUGGGCGGCUUCAAGUGACAUGAAGGCGCCGGAGUGGGAAACGUUACAAGUGACGUGGGCUCCCCCAAACAGCAACAGCGACAUCGCCUUCGACACCAUGCCCCGGAUUGAAGCAGAUGCCUUGAGGAAAGGCUGGCUCAAAGUGUCUGACUGCGGAGAUACUUCUAAGUUCGCUGGUAGACGUUAUGUAAAGGACGGUGACACUGCCGUGGUCCUCAUCUACGAUGUGAACGGCUACAUCGCCGGCAUACAGGCAGGGUUUGAGAGCGUCAACGGGUACCCCCACGCCAGCCUGUUGAACGAGCCAUUUGUGGAGUACAACGGCAAGCAGUACAUCACAGCCUAUUUUGUGGAACCAAGCUCCCUCUGCAGCACAGGGAGAACGGCCAAACAGUUUGCUAUGGAAGGAACUGGGACGGACUUGUGGAUCCAGACCAACACCAGUCCCAACGACAGUCAUAGAGUUCCUCGGCAGGAGAGUGGUUUGAGCGGAACAUUGUGGACCAAGGGACGCUGUUAUACCACUAUGGGUCAACACUACUGGUAUGACGCCCGGUUGGAUGCACCCUGUGACAACUUCUUCCCAGUCUUCCUGCUGUAUAAUGGCGGCCGACUUGACGCAUUCGGGUGGUCUUUCAUGACUACCAUAGCCUCUCCCCGCUUUGAAUAUCCACCGAAUCGCGCGUUUGGGUAUUUCCUGGACCCAGUGCCCCGCUGCCUCUCCAAGCACACGGCUGGCGUUACCACUCUGCACAUCUUUCUGUCCAAUCCCAGAGACUCCAUAUGCUGAUUGCACAAGUGUUGAGCCCAUUUCAUGGCCCCCGACACUGCUAUUGCUCAAACAGCCGUAAUCUUUAUUCACUCACUUAAAGGCAGAUAGUUCCCAACGGCUCAUGUGUGGGAUAGCGUGGUUAAAGCGCUCGCUUGACCUAACGAAAAACUGGUUCGCCUGGGUACAAUGUGUGGAGAGCGUUCUUGUGUCGUCCGUUGCGAAUUCCUACGAAUGAGUGAGUUGGGUUUUACGCCGCUUUCAGCAAUAUUCCAGCAAUAUCACGGCGGGGGACACCAGAAAUGGGCUUUGCACAUUGUACCCAUGUGGGGAAUCGAACCCGGGUCUUCGACGUGACAAGCAUCGCUUUAACCACUAGGCUACCCCACCACCCCGAAUUACUACUAAAGGAGAGUCAGGCGACGUACAACCAUACUCACCCAUUCAAAUGUUUACGAGAACCAGCAAAGUGAGGAUCGUAUGAUUCCGUGACAGUCUGUCAUCAUUCUCCGAUGGUGUUGAAAGUUGUUCCUGUGCCGGGGUCGGUCUCGAUAACCUACAGGCUAUGUGGGUGUAGAAGGACUAGUAGUGAAUGCCACGUCAAGUAUCUUUCCCUCACUCAUUUACGAAACUUACUGAACGCCACUGCUGAAGACAACGAUCAAUGCCUUUGUACAGUUAAACCUCGUCAGUGCUGAUAUCGGGAGUCCGGAAACCCCACAAUGUUAAACAGGCGGUAUUAUUUCAUCAUGUUCCUUUAUUCUGUGGGGUUGGUGGGGUAGCCUCACUCACUCACUCCUUUAUUCUGUGUAAACGUGCAAUCAUGAUGUAAUAAAGAUGUUGUAACAAAACUGUU